GGGAGGAAGGGGUCGUAGCUGAUAACAGAAGCGAACCCCGAGGCUGAUAUAAAAGAGAGAGAAGUUGUCAGCUGAUAGAAGACCACAGACUGCAGUCGAGGCUCCACACGAACUGUCGACCUUUGACGUUUGGCCCGGGGUUGAGAGACGACGCCGACGGUAAAUCAGCGGAGACCCAGUGGAGCUUGUGUACGUGGCUGUGCGUGUGUCUGUGCUUGUUCUAAUAAACAUCCGUUAUCGCCUAUAGUGUCGUUGCUCAAACCGCGAUGGCGUCGUUACUGCGGGGACAGCUGGCUUCAUGUGCUCGAGCUGUGCUCCGCCAUGAGUACAGGUGGAUGUCGGCUGCUGCAGUUCCCCAGCCCAUCACCAACCCUGACAUCAAGUUCGCAAAGUGCUUUAUCAACAAUGAAUUUGUGGAUGCAGUCAGUGGCAAGACUUUUCCCACCAUUGAUCCCCGCACUGAGGAGGUCAUCACACAAGUAGCAGAAGGAGACAAGGCUGACGUGGAUCGUGCAGUUGCUGCAGCAAGAGAAGCUUUCCGUCUUGGAUCACCAUGGCGCCGGAUGGAUGGUUCCGAACGUGGGAGGCUGUUAAACAGACUGGCUGAUUUGAUUGAGAGAGACAAGCAGUAUCUGGCUUCACUGGAAACAUUAGACAGUGGAAAAGUCUAUAGGAUGUGUUUCGAAGCUGAUCUUAACCUUGUCAUCAAGUGCUACAGAUACUAUGCUGGUUGGGCUGGGAAGAACUCUGGCAAAACUCUUGAUGUUGAUGGUGAUUACUUCUCCUACACAAGACAUGAACCAGUUGGUGUUUGUGGACAGAUCAUACCUUGGAACUUCCCUCUUUUGAUGCAAGCUUGGAAGUUUGGACCUGCACUUGCCAUGGGCAAUACUGUGGUGAUGAAGCUUGCAGAACAGACACCACUGACAGGAUUGUAUGUUGCAAGCCUUGCUCGUGAGGCUGGUUUCCCACCUGGUGUGAUCAAUGUCAUUCCGGGUUUUGGUCCUACUGCUGGUGCAGCUAUUGCAAAACAUAUGAAUGUUGAUAAAGUGGCUUUCACCGGCUCCACAGAGAUUGGAAAUCUGGUUGCCCAGAUGGCUGCAAGCAGCAACCUGAAGCGUGUGACUCUGGAACUGGGAGGCAAAAGUCCUUUCAUUGUUCUCUCAGAUGCAGAUAUGGAACAAGCAGUUGAACAGGCCCACUUUGGUCUGUUUUUCAACCAGGGCCAGUGCUGUUGUGCAGGAUCAAGAAUAUUUGUGGAAGAGAAAAUCUAUGAUGAGUUUGUAGAGCGCAGCGCAGCUCGAGCAAAGCAACGAACUGUGGGAGACCCCUUUACAGGAGUAGAACAGGGGCCACAGGUUGAUGCUGAACAACUUCGAAAGAUUCUUUCCUUAAUAGACAGUGGGAAGAAAGAAGGUGCUAAGCUUGUGGCUGGUGGUAGUAGGCAUGGUGACCGUGGGUACUACAUCCAGCCUACUGUCUUCGCAGAUGGGGACAACAUGCGGAUAGCAAAGGAAGAAAUUUUUGGGCCAGUCAUGCAGAUUAUGAAAUUUAAAGGGAUGGAGAGUCUUCUUUCCCGAGCCCACGACACUAUCUAUGGCUUGGCAGCAGCUGUCUUCACAAAAGACUUGGAAAAAGCCAUUUACCUUAGCAACAGUCUGCGAGCUGGAACUGUCUGGGUAAACUGCUACGAUGUAUUUGAUGCCUCAGCACCAUUUGGUGGGUACCAGAUGUCUGGCAAUGGUCGUGAACUGGGAGAAUAUGGUUUGGAGGCUUACACUGAAGUCAAAACAGUGACAAUCAAAAUCCCUCAGAAAAACUCCUAAAACUCAUUGCUGGAUUGUUACUAUGGAAGUAUCCAUUUCAACAGAUCUUCAUGGCUGCACUGAUGCAUAUGACUGUCCCAGUAUUCUGAUUAUUUACUGCAAGCUGUGAAUUAACCCUUCUGGAACUAAAUCAUGUUAUCAGCAUUUAACUGACUUGAAAAAGCAUUAAUAUACUUGUGUAAACACACAAUUUCUGUAUAUAAAAAAGUUAUCAGGGACAUGAAGAAAAAAAAAAAACUUGUCAUACCUCUCAAUUCAUAUCACUUCAUGAGCUAAUCCAACACAUGCACUGUUUAACUUGUGAUCAGAAAUUAAUAAUGUAUAAGCAUUUUGUUGUUGCUACCUUGUUUUAGAAAAUAAAUGUUGUAUACUUUGUAACAGCAUUGCAAUACAAA